UAGUCACGUAGCAUUAGCAUCAGCAGGUAGCAGAUAUCUGGAGCAGAGCCUGCGGAUUAAAGUUCACACGUCAUUGCUGCCUGUCCAGGUUCACCAGUCCCACCUGUGUGUGUCCUCAGGUGUGAUGCAGAGUCAUGUCUGUGCAGGUGGUGCUGCAGCAGAGGAUCAGCUCUGCUCAGGCGUUGCUGCAGCGGGCCGAGCAGCUGUGUCAGGGUGUGGAGGGUCACCAGAAGCUCUGUGGUAAACUGCGAGCCGAGCUGCGCUUCCUGAGACGGGUGGAGGCCGGAGAGCUGCAGGUCAAAGAGUCUCACCUGCACAGCACCAACCUGACUCACCUGACGGCCAUCGUAGAGUCAGCUGAGAGUCUGGAGGACGUGGUGGCUCUGCUGCACGUCUUCACCUACCAGGACGCCUCCAGCCACCGCCAGACUCUGGUGGUGGACGUGGUGGCUAACGGGGGACACACCUGGGUGAAGGCGGUGGGGAGGAAGGCAGAGGCUCUGCACAACAUCUGGCAGGGGCGGGGUCAGUACGGAGACAAGAGCAUCAUCAGACAGGCAGAGGACUUCCUUCAGGCCAGCCGCCAGCAGCCCGUCCAUUACCGACACCCCCACAUUGUCUUCGCAUUCUACAACGGGGUCUCCUGCCCCAUGGCAGACCACCUCAGGGACAUGGGCGUCUCCGUCCGUGGGGACAUUGUCGCAGUCAACAUUGUUGUGACAGAGGGAGGCAGUGAUGAAGAUGAGGAGGAGGAGGAGGAGGCAGCUGAAGAUAACCAUGAAGAGCAGGAGGAGGAAGCUUCUGAGCUGACCCGGGUGGACCGCGGCACGGUGGUGGCCAGCUUAGCGUUUCCUGCCCAGGUGCAGGUGGAGGAGUGUCGACGGGUGAACCUGGACAUCACCACACUCAUCACGUACGUGUCAUCGCUUAGUCACGGUGGCUGUCACUUCACCUUCAGGGAGCCCGUGCUGACGGAGCAGGCAGCCCAGGAGCGCCGCCUGCAGGUGCUGCCACAGCUUGAUGCUUUCAUGGCAGGUAAGGAGCUGUUCGCCUGUCGCGCCGCUGUCACUGACUUCCAGCUGAUCCUGGACACAUUAGGGGGGCCGGGUGAGAAGGAGCGCGCUCAGAAGCUGCUGGCCCGCCUCCACCUGGUGGAUGACCAGCUGUCUGAGCGAACGCUGCGCCUCACGCCCAGUGCCAAGGUCAACCAGCGCUCGCUCACAAUUUUCGGCACGGGAGACUCGCUGAGAGCCGUUACCAUGACAGCAAAUAGUCGAUUUGUUAGGGCGGCAGCCAAUCAGGGUGUCCGAUACAGUGUGUUCAUCCACCAGCCACGAGCUCUGACCGAGGGCAAGGAGUGGAGGGCCACGCCGGUCUGAGAUGGAGAGACUUCCUGUGCACGGGCAGAUGGGAGUUUGAGUUUUGAGUUAAAUGCGCUGAUGUAAAUAUGAACGUCAGCAGCUGACUCAUGUUAUUUGUGUUCAUUAUUUCAGAGUCUAUAUUCACCAAUCAAUAAAGCAUCACAGUAACUUCCUGCUCCUCUGUCAUUUGUUACAGGAGGUCACAUGGUGUCAGGUGUGGCCUCAUGCUUCGUUCAUGUCACAUCAUAAAAACCAUGAGGUUCUGUUUCCAACCUGAUCCAGACUUCAUAACAGACACCAAAAUGUCCAACAAACCAGUUCAAGGUGAAACAGGUCAAAUUAAGGAAGAUGUGAAAACAGCUGAUUAACAGGAACCGUCUAGGUGUCGGUGCUGAUGAGUCUCUAAACUGGUCUAAGUAAACCAGCAGAAACCGCUGCACCUGGACCUGUUGAGAAAAACAGGCCUGAGACAGGGAGAAGUCCAUGUUUAUGACCCUUCAGCCUGUCAGCAUUCGAGGGAAAGACAUUGAGAUGGUGCACACUUGUAAAUACCUAGGUGUGCACCUGGACAGUAAACUGGACUGGUCCCUGAACACAGAUGCCAUGUACCUGAAGGGGCA